AUGGGGCUGGCAGAGGUGGUCUCCAGCUGCAGAAAAGGCAGAAGACAGGAGCAACUUCCCCCGGCCGGGGCGUGGCAGCGGAAAGCCCAUCCCACCUCAGCGCCGAGGGCGGUGCCGACCGCUCCCCCUCAGCGGCGCAGCAAUGGCGGCCCCGGCCGGCGUGAGGGGGCGAGGAGCGGCCCCGCCCCGCCCUCGCGCCCCAAAGGCGGGAAAGGCGCCGCGCAGGCGCACGGCGAGGCCGCAGCGAUGGCGCCGUGCGUGUGGGCGCGGGGGACGGAGGCGUCGAAGCAGCAGGCGCAGCUGAUGGAGGUGCUGAAGAAGGAGGUGAGGGCCAUGCUGAUCGCUGCCAAGGCGGGCCUGACGCCGGAGCAGCUGGAGGAGCAGUACAUGGCCAUGGUCUGCAAACCUCUCCCUCUGCGUGACCUGGGCUUCCAGUCCACCAUGGAGCUGGUGACACAAAUGCCUGAAGUUGUCCAGAUCUGUUCUUCUAAGAAUGGUGCUUUAAUCCUCAAAGCCAUUGCAGAUGACUCCACCAAAGGGAUUGCCAGGCUGGUUGCCAACCAGAAAGUAAAGACACGCAAGACAUCAAAGAAAACCGCCACAAAGGCAAAUUCUUCUUUUCCCACUAAGUACUCUAAAAAUCCACAGAGUUUCCAUCCCCUGAGUGCUGGGACUCCUGUCCUGCCAGCAAUGGUGAAGGCUGAGCUGCAGGACCUGCUGAGCUCCUCACCACUCCUGCUGGCAGACUUGGACAAGGCUUUCCUCCGACGCUUUGGCCGGGCGUUCCAGUACAGGCAGUACGGGUUUCUGUCCGUGUUUGAAGUCCUCAGGAGCGUGUCUGAUUCCAUUGCUGUUGAGCAAACAAAGGCAGGUUCCUUGCUGGUCCUGAGGAAGUACUUGGCAAGCAAGAUAGAGCAGCAAGUGGUGCCUCAAAGUGAGGCUGAGGAAGAGGAGAUGCCUCAGAGUGAAGCUGAGGAGGAAAAGGUGCCUCAAGGUGAGGCUCAGGAGGAAAAGGGGCCUCAAGGUGAGCCUCAGGAAGAAGAGAUGCUGCAAGCAGCAUCUGCAGCUGAGGUGCCUUCUUUGGAGCCCACCUGUGAGACAAAGAGCUGCUGCCAGGCAGCAACUCUGAUGGAUUCAGAGCCAGUGCAAACACCAGCAGUAGAUUUGGGUGAUCACCUCAAACAGCAUCAAGGUCUUGAGCAGUUUCCAGUGACUCCAGAAAUCCCUCCAGAUGCUGUCCAGGACAGAAGCCUGUGCAGUUUGCCUCCUCUGAAGAGCAGGUGCUUGGUGGGAGUCAUUGUGGAGUUCGUCGUCUCUCCCAGCCAGUUCUACAUCCACGUCUGCAGCACAGAAGCCUCCUAUAAACUGCAGGAUCUGAUGUUUGAGAUGAGACAUGUUUACUCACACAAAGUUGCUUCUGAUAAAUACAUCAUGCCUGAGUCUGCAGUGAGGCCUGGGCAGCUGUGCUGUGUCAUGGUCUCCAAGUGGUGGUACCGUGUCAUCAUCCACCGUGUGAUCAAUGACCACGAGGUGGAGGUGUUCUAUGCAGACUAUGGACACCUCCAGAUUGUCCAGAAGUCUUGGCUGAGAUUCCUCAAGUGGCACUACUUGAAGCUCCCUGCUCAGGCCAUCCCGUGUUCCUUGGCAUGGGUAAAACCUGUACAGGGUACAUGGUCCAGUGCAGCAAUUCUCCUGUUCAAGCACCUCUGUCGCUUCAAGGAGCUGGUGGGCGUGGUGGAUGAAUACGUGGAUGGUGUUCUGUACCUCUUCCUGUGUGACACAUCCACCAAGGAGGAUAUCUACUUCCACUCAGUCCUCAGGGAUAUGGGAUAUGCUGAUGUCUGUGGGGAGAACAUCCCUUCCCAGGAAUUUGAGGAACUGAAUCCUUCAGCCUUGUAUGUUCAGCCCAGUGGAAAGCAGGGGAAUGCUGAGGUGAUGGAGCCAGACCUUCGCUUGCAGCAGCAAUCUCGAGAUGCAGACAGUGAAACAGCAACCUUGAAGCUGAAUGGGGCUGAGCUGUGACCAGAUGAAGCAAACAUGAAGACCAACACCUUCCCAGGAGCCUCAUGGUUGGCCUCUGCCAU